AUGAGUUUGGCAGACCCUCUUGCAUCUCCCUCCAGCAGCCCAUCACUCAGCCCAACCCGCUCGCGCAGAGUCUCUGCACGAAGGGGCUCCGUGACCGCUGCAGACCCAUGGGGGACCCAUUCCGAUAUUAACAAUCAUCCUUCACGAGAAACCUCUAGCAGACUGACAAUCGUCCGCGUGCCUACUCAGGGCGAUGAAGAUGGCCACCCCAGAAGACACAGACGCCACGGUAGCAAUGCGUCUAUAAGUUCCACUUCGUCGAGUGGGAAAGAGGGGUCCAGGAUGAGUUUCGCCUUUACUUCCUUCUCCCAGUCUCAGCCAUCUCCGGGUGCUCCACCUCACGGUGGGAGCAGUCCCACUUCGUCCCCUCGGAUGCGUCCCCACUCUCCCAGUCUUACACGUCGCUACUCCGGCUCCAUCGUCAACGCGAACAGGCUCUCGCCUGAACAGCUCCUCGACGUUGCGCGCCAGUCUUGCAACCCGCGUCCGUCUCUGAGCAACGCUUCUACCCCGGUAUCUCCCGCAGCACUCGCUCCAGCUUCGUUCACACUGCUCCCAGACACCAUCCUCUUACCAUUCAUCGAUCGUCCCACUGAGGUCUCUCAGUUAAUGACAGCCCCUCCAACUGCCAAGCUCUUCGCUCUCCUCGCCCAAAUGUUCCCUGCUGAUGCCAGGGCGCCAUCUGGUUCCGAGUUAGUGGAGACUCUUCUCGGCCGAGACCCGAAGCAGUGGUCCUACGCUGAUUUGGAUUUCUGGAUGAAGACUGUCGACCGUGAUGUUGUCAACGACGUGCUGUGGGUCUUGAAGUCUCGGGCUUGCGUCAUGUAUAAGAGCGAGCUCAUUUGGGAACGCAUCAAGGGCGCACUCGGCGUCCCUCCUGAACUAGACAUCGACGAAGAGGAGCUACAAAUUGCAUUCGAAUCCGAACAUGAAGCUGUGCCCGAGUCCACUGUCGGUAUCUCGGAUAACGAGAGCGAACGGUAUCCUCCAGUCUUUGAUUCUCCCAACCCGGCGCUCGAAGUCAAACUUUGCAGUCCUGAGCUUAGGCACUCAGAUGGAUAUUCCAUUGAGCCUGUUCUGGCGAUGAAUGCGGCCCCGCCACCAGCGUCAUCCUCGCUUGAUCCGUCCACGGCGCAUGAGCUGUCCGAGGUGCGGGAAGAAGAUGAGAAUGAGGAUGAUGGUGACGAGAGUCUAGACCUCAAUGCUGAAGGUCCUGAGGUGCAUGGUCUGAGGAUUACCACCAGCCCUAUGUCACCCAGGGCAUCAAACUACGCGAUCAGCCCCGGCGGCUCACCCUCACCACUGCCCUUGGGAAGUCCCGCCAUAGGCCCUCUUCCCAUUCCUCGGUCUGCCAUUCUUCAUGAUAAGGAUAUACCAUACGAUGCUUUGCAAGAGCGUGGCCCUGGACAUCCGCUCUUUCCCAGUAGCUUUGCCCACUUGUCCAUGGAGCCCACUCUGCGCAACAAUAUGCGUUCUCAUCGUGCGCAUAGCAUGUGGGCGCCGCCGCCGCCAAGAUUCACCAGCCCGCAUGCAAUUCGGGGGGAUUUACAUCGUGCUGCAAGCUCGCAUGGCGGAGGGGGUUACCGGCCUUUCAGACCCGACUGGGCGCAAGGCUACGAUCUAGCACGCCACGAAUUUGCGGUAGCAUCCAGCGCGGGCAGUGUUGGUGGAGACUGA